AUGAUCCACGUCCGGCGGGUGUCAGGAGAGAAGGUGGCCGAGUUUCCUGCAGAUCAGUUGAGCACCGUUCUCGUCCUGAAGCAGCGGCUCCAACAAAUCUGUGGCCUGCCUCGAUUCAGGCUGCGUCUUCUUCGCGGCGACGCAGCCUUGUUUGACGCCAACGAGCUGGCGCCGGGCAUGCACUUGACACUGGUCGUGCUGCCUCUUGCCGAAGUUUCAGAGGCCCGGAAGCGCGAGCUGCAUGAUGCCGCUGCCAUGGGCCUGGAGCACGUGGUUGAAAUCAUGUUGCAGCGACCGCUGCAUCCUGAUUCAGCCAGGGAUGGCUCCGUGACGCCUUUGUAUGCGGCGAGUCGCGAUGGCCACCUUAGUACGGUGAGGCUGUUGCUGGAGGCCUUCGCAGACGCAAACGUGGCAACGGAAGUAGGCAAGACGCCCGCCUUAGUGGCAUUCGAAGGCGGUCACCGGGAGAUUCUUCGCUUGCUGCUGGAGUCUGGCGCGGACAAGGAUUGGAGAGAUGCUGAUGGGAAGACGCUCCUAUGGCGGGCAUGCGAAGGCGGCAAUGCAGACAUGGUCCAACUACUGAUUGGGAUUCACGCCGACGCAGAAGCCGCCUCAGAAGCCCGUGAAACGAAAGGAGAAACCCCCCCUUUGGGUGGCAUGUUUCCAGGGGCGUGA